GGGCAAGAGGGACAGUUCAGCAAGUUUCCUAAACCUACCUCAUGACUUGACUGUUGGUCAGUGUGGAGACCAGACAGGACCCUGGAGGAAACCUCCAGUUUGAUGCUGAAACCUUGAGCUACUCUCUCAGUUUUUUUGAGCCCUCGGACAUCAAGUCAGCUGAGAAACUGCUCAAUUCCCAAGGAUAUCACGUUCUCCAUUGCUCUCUCUAGAUUUGGACAAGGAGGCUAAUGAACAGAAAGGAACUCUCUGAGGACAGAGAAAAGAUUCAUGGAGAAGAAUGAACUCGUGAGCCACUUCUAGAACUGUAACCUGAGUCCCAGCAAGGAACAUUACCAACCUAUGAAAACUUAGCAAUGGAGGAGUCUUUCCCUGCUGAAACCAACUCAACAGAUUUAUUCUCACAGUCCUUGAAUGAACCCCACAUAAUUUUCUCCAUGGUCAUUCUCAGCCUCACUUUCCUAUUGGGAUUGCCAGCCAAUGGGCUAGUGCUGUGGAUAGCAGGCCUAAAGAUGCAGCGGACUGUGAACACAGUUUGGUUUCUCCACCUCACCGUGGCAGACUUUCUCUGCUGCCUCUCCCUGCCCUUCUCCCUGGUUAAUUUGGCUCUCCAGGGACACUGGCCCUAUGGCUGGUUCCUCUGCAAGCUCAUCCCCUCAGUCAUCAUCCUCAACAUGUUUGCCAGUGUUUUCCUGCUCACUGCCAUUAGCCUGGACCGCUGUCUUGUGGUACUCAAGCCCAUCUGGUGCCAGAAUCAUCGCGAUGUGAAGACAGCAUUUGCUAUCUGUGGAUGUAUCUGGGUGGUAGCUUUUUUAAUGUGUAUACCUGUGUUCUUGUACCGUAAAACAUACACUGAAUACAGGCAUAGUAAGUGUGGGUACAGGUUUGAUUUCUAUAGUUCAUUAGAUUAUCAAUACUUCACCGAUGAUCUACUGGAAAAUGAAUUUCUUGACAACUCCAUUGAUCAGCUGCCUGGGGAAAUGGAGGAUAGCUUAGAUUCUUCUUCCCAAACAAAUGAUCACCCUUGGACAGCCACCACAAUAAAUCCAUUGACAACUUUCAAUGUUCUUCAUUCUCAAAUAUUUCGAAGACCUUCUGAAGAUUCACUCCCUACGGAUGUAGCCAGAUUAUCUAGUCAAGAUACCGACAAUAAUCUUUUUAAACCUGCUGAUAUGGUUUCACCUAGAAUCCCCAGUGGUUUGCCUGGGUUUCCAAGUGAAGAAAACAGGACUGACCCACUGGAUCCUUCUGAUGCUCUUCACUCUACUGGUUUAGUGCUUUCCCCCAGUGAUUCUAGCUAUUUCUUCAACACAGAUGAGCUCCCACAAGGUUACCAGAAUUUAGACCAAUUCACAUACCACAAUCAAGUGUCAACACCCUCAGGGAUAGUAACCAUUACAAGGCUAGUGAUGGGUUUCCUGCUGCCUUUCAUCAUCAUAGUGGUCUGUUAUACCCUCAUCAUCCUCCGAAUGCGACGGAGCCGCUUUACCAAGCCUCGGGGCAAAACCUUGAGAGUGACCAUGGUGGUGGUGCUUGUCUUUCUUCUCUGCUGGACUCCGUACCACUUUGUUGGAGUCCUGUUAUUGUUUACUGAACGAGAAACUCCCUUUGGGAGAGCUCUGUUGUCCUGGGACCACGUGGCCAUUGCUCUAGCAUCUGCCAAUAGCUGCUUCAAUCCUUUCCUCUACGCCCUCCUGGGAAAAGCUUUUAGGAAGAAAGCAAGACAGUCCAUGCAGGGGAUUCUGGAGGCCGCCUUCAGUGAGGAGCUCACACGCUCUACCAGCUGUCCUCCAAACAAAGUCAUUUUGGAUGAAAAUAUCAGUACAACUGUGUGAAAAUAUGGAGCUGCCAACCCAAGCAGAGGUUCUUAGGUAUUCACCCAGUGCAGCAUGUUUCUAAAAGGAUGAUACAGUGAGCAGGGUACUUCAGAAACCAUCAAAGAGUCAUAAGGAACAUUUCAGUCCUAGUGGUUCUCAAAGUGGGGUGGGUCCCUCACUGGUAGCAUCAGCAUCACGUGGAGACUUGUUAGAAAUGCAGAUUUGGGAGUCCCACCCCAGACUUGCUGAACCCAAGUCUCUUGGGCGGGGGUCCCAGCAAGUGUCUUAACAAGUCCUCAUUUCUGAUGUACCCUAAAUUUAAGAAUCUUUGUAAAAAUUAGUCUAUUUCUGUCCCAGACUAAGCCAAGUGAGAUAAAUGAGAAUCUGGUCUAUUUUUAAAUGAUAUUUCUAUCAUUAACCUUUUUUCUUUAGUAUUAUCUAAAUCCCCUUCCAGAAUGCAUUUAAACCCAUUAUUCUAGUUCUACAUGAGUGAAAGGUAAUGAUUUGUCCUAGGGCUUUGCAGUGGUGAUGGUGGUGGUGGUAGUGGUGGUGGUUUUUAAAUAAAAAGAAGGUGCAAAAUGUAAAAAGUCUAUAAAAAUAAGGAAUUAUUGUGAGACUCAGUAUAAUGUCAGAUGCUUUUUCCCUGGAAUACCCCUGGUACAGGACAUAGGAAUUACGAGGUUGCCAUCAUUACAACUAAAUAAGCACCUAUUGUGUGAAGACAGACUACUAAUGCAUGUAAAAACUUAUUCAUGAAAUGUUAUGAAAGCUGGGUUUGGGGGUGUUCUCUAUUUGUUUACUCUGUUUGCUUACUGAUGGAGUCAACUGUCUUCCAUUCCUUUUCUUAAACUCCUUAAUUCCUUUAUUCCUCCCCAGCUUCUAAAUAUAUUCUACCAUGUCAGACUUUUUACCUCAAAUAACUUCUAAUUUCUUAGGAUGUUAAUUACUUCCCUCUUCUUCCUAAUCAGUAGUUUCCAAGAAACUCAUCCCAAGUGAGAAAGAAGGUGGAAGAUGGAACAGCAAUUCUUUAAUCCACUGCAAAAUGACUGAAUACCCUUGCUGGGAAGAUACUCAAACUUUAAAAACAUGACUAUAAGUAUGCAUCUUUCAUGACAAAAUUACCAGGUACAUCUUUUGUGCUUCUUUAAAAUUAAUCUUUUUGAAUUGAACCCAAAGGCUGAUAAUGAAAUAUAAGAAUUCUCCUGCCCCAUUCUACUUAAGCACGUCCCUCUUGCAGCAAUUUUGGAUGUUUCUUCUGGUAUUUACCAUGAUGUUUCUAAAUCAUGUGUUUAUGUUGCUGUUUAUUUUUUUAAACAUGAUAAAAUGACUUCUUGUUCUGAAAGAUGAAUAUUUUCAUCCAAACACCUUUAUAUUUUUAAUUGUUUAUCCAGCAUACCCAAUACUUAUUAAUAACCAUCAUAUUUUAAUUUUUUCAUGCCCAGGUUCCUAUCUCCCCCUUAGAUCAUCCAUUUUUCUCCUACUUUGCCUAUAUAUUCUAACCAUUUAUAUAGCUUUCCUUCUGUCCUCUCAUUUUAAAAAAAAACAUUAUCCAAUUCCCCAUCACUUUUUCAUUUUUCUCUGUUUAAAUUUUUAAGUGUUAAAUCUCUGAGAUUUCAGGCUUCUCUGUACAGUCAUAUAGCCUCAUCAAAGCUAAUUAAUACAAUGACAAUCUAAAAAAUAGAAAACGAUAUGUGCUUUAGAUUUGAAAGUCACUAUUAUUUGUUGGGAUUAGCAUCUGGACUACAAAUUUGUUAUAAGAUUACCAGGCAGAAAAAUUUCAAGUUGCUAAGAAUUCUUUGAGUUGUAAGGUCAUAAUGUCUGACAUGAUGUAAGAUUUGUAAUAUUACAUUUCCAAUUUCAUUCCUUAGAUAUUUUAUGGGAAUAAAUACCUUUUUUCACAUGGUUC